CCAAAGGUCCGAAUGGUCAGCGCUGCGGGAACCGAAGAGCCGAAGCCGCUCCGGAGCUGAAAACGGGCCACUUCCCUCCUUCCUCGGCCCUUACGGGCCUCCUCUCUAAGGCCCCGGCGCGGUCCAGGCAGCGGCGCGCUCACGAGCCCGUCGCUUGCGGCGGUCACGCGCACGCACGCUGGUGCGCACGUUCCCUGAGAACCCGGAAGUGCGAGGGAGAGGAGAGCCACGUGGGUGGAGCUGGAUCGCGGCUCGCAUGGGGGAGUCUAUCCCGCUGGCCGCCCCGGUCCCGGUGGAACAGGCGGUGCUGGAGACGUUCUUCUCUCACCUGGGUAUCUUCUCUUACGACAAGGCCAAGGACAAUGUGGACAAGGAACGAGAGGCCAACAAGAGCGCGGGGGGCAGCUGGCUGUCGCUGCUGGCGGCCUUGGCCCACCUGGCCGCGGCCGAGAAGGUCUAUCACAGCCUCGCCUACCUGGGGCAAAAACUAGGGGGCCAGUCCUUCUUCAGCCGGAAGGAUUCCAUCCGAACCAUCUACACGUCCCUGCACAAUGAGCUCAAGAAGGUGGUGACUGGCCGGGGUGCCCUUGGUGGGACAGCCCCCCAUGUGGAGGAACUACUUUCCCACCUGUCAGAGCAGCUCUGCUUCUUCGUUCAGGCCCGGAUGGAGAUUGCAGACUUCUAUGAGAAGAUGUACACCCUCAGCACACAGAAGUUCAUCAACGCUGAGGAGCUUGUUGGCCUCUUAGACACCAUCCUCAAGAAGUACAGCUCCAGAUUUCACCACCCCAUCCUCAGUCCUUUGGAAAGCAGUUUCCAGCUGGAAGUGGACGUCCUGAGUCAUCUCCUGAAGGCCCAGGCUCAGGUCUCGGAGUGGAAGUUCCUCCCGUCCCUGGUGAACUUGCACAGUGCUCACACCAAGCUGCAGACUUGGGGCCAGAUCUUUGAAAAGCAGCGGGAGACCAAGAAACAUCUGUUUGGAGGGCAAUCUCAGAAGGCCGUUCAGCCCCCACACCUUUUCCUCUGGCUGAUGAAACUCAAAAACAUGCUUCUUGCCAAGUUUAGCUUUUACUUUCACGAGGCACUGAGCCGGCAAACGACUGCUUCAGAAAUGAAAACGUUGACUGCAAAAGCCAACCCAGACUUUUUUGGAAAGAUUUCCAGCUUCAUCAGGAAGUAUGACGCUGCCAAUGUGUCCUUAAUCUUUGACAACCGAGGUUCUGAGAGCUUUCAGGGUCACGGCUAUCACCACCCCCAUUCCUACAGAGAGGCCCCUAAGGGUGUGGACCAGUAUCCAGCUGUGGUGUCUCUGCCCAGCGACAGGCCCGUCAUGCACUGGCCCAAUGUCAUCAUGAUCAUGACAGACCGCAUGUCCGAACUGAACAGCUUGGAGAAGGUGGUCCACUUCUAUGAUGACAAAGUUCAGAGCACCUACUUCCUAACCCGCCCGGAACCUCACUUUACAAUUGUCGUCAUCUUUGAAUCAAAGAAAUCUGAAAGAGACUCCCACUUUAUUUCCUUCCUCAAUGAGCUCUCACUGGCCCUCAAGAACCCCAAAGUUUUUGCAAGUCUGAAGCCUGGCUCCAAAGGCUAGCAGGUGGUUUGUGUGAAAGGUUCGAAAGACUGGAAGGUGUGUUCCUAAUUGCUCUAAUGAUCUGCUGUGGUCUGUGAUUAGAGUUUCCAUCCAUUCAUGCUUCUUUCAGAGCUAAAUUAAAGACAAAUCCUCCCUAA